GUCUGUAAAUGCCACUGUCCCCGCCUCCUGGCCUCCUCUGCAGAGGGGAAGUUAGGUGUCUUCUAAGGCCCUUCUGUGUCACCCCACUCUGCUCACACAGCUCCAUCUGCUCCAGCUAUGAAGUGGCUCUUCCACAGCCUUCUCUGCAUGACCAGCCUGAUGCCACUGGGAGCCUUCAAUGUGGACGUGGCCUCGUCCUGGGUCACAGAACUUAAGGCAGGUGCACCUUUUGUGCUCAGCUCCCUUCUGCAUCAGGACCCCAGCACCAACCAGACCUGCCUCCUGGUAGCCAGGCACAGCUCGAACAGGAACUCAGCCGCCCUGUAUCGAUGCGCCACAUCCAGUAUUCCAGGUGAAAUUGCCUGCCAGCCAGUAGAGCGUGUCUAUAUGCCAAAGGGCAGGUACCAGGGAGUGACAAUGGUCCGGAACCACCAUGGUGUUUUGGUCUGCAUUCAGGUACAGGCCCGGCAGCCCCACAGCCUUAACUCAGAGCUCAUAGGUGCCUGCAGCCUACUGACUCCCAGUUUGGACCUGCAGGCCCAAGCCUACUUCUCUGACCUUGGACUCCUGGAUCGAGACGACUCUCGUGACUACUACAGAGGCAAAGGAGGCAGCACAGGGGAGGAUAAGAAAUCAGCCAGGAGACGCCGCCGCCGCCGGGCAGUGGAGAAGGAAGAGGAGCAGGAGGAGGAGGAGGAAGCUGGCACUGAGAUCGCUAUUGUCCUGGAUGGCUCAGGAAGCAUUGACCCCCCAGACUUCCAGAGGGCCAAAGACUUCAUCUCCAACAUGAUGAAGAACUUCUAUGACAAGUGUUUUGAGUGCAGCUUUGCCCUGGUGCAGUAUGGGGCGGUGAUCCAGACUGAGUUCGAUCUGGAAGACAGCCGGGACAUUUCAGCCUCCCUUGCCAAAGUUCAGAACAUUGUUCAAGUGAAGAAUGUUACUAAGACUGCCUCGGCCAUGAAGCACGUCCUAGACAACAUCUUCAUUCCAAGUCGUGGCUCCAGAAAGAAAGCAUUGAAGGUCAUGGUGGUGAUUACUGAUGGUGACAUAUUUGGGGACCCUCUCAACCUUACGACUGUCAUCAGCUCCCCAAAGAUGCAGGGUGUUGUGCGCUUUGCCAUUGGGGUGGGCGAUGCAUUCAAUAAAACUAGGACAGACAGUGAGCUGAAGCUGAUUGCCUCGGACCCCAAAGAGACCCACACUUUCAAGGUGACCAACUACAUGGCGCUGGAUGGGCUGCUGAGCCAGCUGCAACAAAGAAUCAUCCAUAUGGAAGGUACAGUUGGAGAUGCCCUUCAAUAUCAACUGGCACAGACUGGCUUCAGUGCCCAGCUCCUGGACAAGGGGCAGGUGUUGCUUGGCACUGUGGGAGCCUUUAACUGGUCUGGGGGCGCGCUGCUCUACGACACACAAAAUAGUUGGGGCCGCUUCCUAAACCAGACAGCUGAGGACUCUGGGACUGCACAGUACAGCUACCUCGGUUAUUCGGUGGCAGUGUUACGCAAGGCCCGGGGCUUCUCCUACGUGGCAGGGGCUCCAAGGCACAAGCUCCGCGGGGCUGUGUUUGAGCUCCAGCAGCAGGACAGAGAGGACGCCUUUGUACAACAGAUGGAAGGAGAGCAGAUGGGGUCCUACUUCGGCUCUGAGCUGUGCCCCGUGGAUACCAACAUGGAUGGAACCACAGAUUUUCUGCUGGUGGCUGCUCCAUUUUACCACAUCCGUGGAGAAGAAGGCAGAGUCUAUGUGUACCACGUUCAUGAGCAGGAUGCUUCCUUUUCCUUGGCAUACACACUGAAUGGGCACCCUGGGCUCACCAACAGCCGCUUCGGCUUUGCCAUGGCCGCUGUGGGGGAUAUCAACCAAGAUAAAUUCACAGAUGUGGCCAUCGGGGCCCCUCUGGAGGGCUUUGGGGCAGGCGACGGGGCCAGCUAUGGCAGUGUGUACAUCUAUAACGGACACUCAGAUGGCCUCCAUGUCAGUCCUUCCCAGCGGAUCAGCGCCUCCUCCGUGGCCUUGGGACUCCACUACUUUGGCAUGUCUGUGUCUGGUGGUUUAGAUUUCAAUGGCGACCGCCUUGCUGACAUCACGGUCGGCUCUCGGGACCAGGCAGUUGUACUCCGCUCACGGCCUGUGGUUGACCUGAACGUGUCUAUGACCUUUACCCCCGAUGCGGUACCCAUGGUCUUCACCGACGCGAUGAAAGUAGAACUGUGUUUUGAAGUCGACUCCUCAGGCACAGCCUCUGAGCCAGGCCUUAGAGAGAUGUCAUUCAACUUCACGGUGGAUGUGGAUGUGACCAAGCGGAGGCAGAGGCUGCGAUGUGCAGACUCGAGCAGGUGUCAGAGCUGCCUUAGGAAGUGGGGCACAGAGCCCUCUCUGUGUGAACACUUCUCACUCAUCCCCACGGAGGAGGAGCUUUGUGAGGGGGACUGCUUUUCCAACAUCACCAUCAAGGUCAGCUACAAGUUCCAGAUGCCUGAGGAAUGGAGCGACAUCCCCAACCCCAUCCUGGACCACUACAAGGAACCCUCUGCCAUGUUCCAGCUGCCCUAUGAGAAGGACUGUAAGAACAAAGUGUUCUGCAUCGCCGAGGUCCAGCUGAGCACCACCAUCUCUCAGCAGGAACUGGUGGUGGGCGUCACAAAGGAGGUGACCAUGAACAUCAGCCUGGCUAACUCCGGGGAAGACUCCUACAUGACAAACAUGGCUCUGAAUUACCCCAGAAACUUACAGUUUAAGAGGAUACAAAAGCCACUUUCUCCAGACGUUCAGUGUGAUGACCCCAAACCAGUUGCUUCUGUCCUGGUCAUGAACUGCAAGAUUGGUCACCCCAUACUCAAGAGAUCAAUUGCAAACGUCUCCGUUAUUUGGCAGCUAGAGGAGAGUAUCUUUCCAAACAGGACAGCAGACAUCACUGUGACCGUCUCCAAUUCUAAUGAGAAGUCUUUGGCCAGCGAGACCCACAGCCUUCAAUUCAGGCAUGCCUUCAUUGCAGUGCUUUCCAGACCAUCAGUGAUGUACAUGAACACAAGCCAGAGACCUUCUGACCACAAAGAAUUCCUCUUCAACGUGCAUGGGGAGAACCGCUUUGGAGCUGGAUUCCAGUUGCAAAUUUGUGUCCCCAUCAAAUUACGAGAUUUCCAGAUUGUCAGAGUGACGAAUCUGACGAAGACUCAGGCCCACACCGAGUGCACGGAGCGUCAAGAGCCCGCGUGUGGAAGCGUUCCUGUUCAGCGUGUAGAAGAAUGGCAUUCAGUGAUCUGUGCUAUUACAUCUAAUAAAGAAAAUGUAACCGUGGUUGCAGAGAUCUUCAUGGACCACACCAAGCAGUUACUAAAAGAUGUAACAGAGCUACAGAUCCUUGGAGAAAUAUCUUUCAACAAGUCUCUCUAUGAGGGGCUGAAUACCGAGAACCACAGGACGCAGAUCACUGUUAUCUUCCUGAAAGAUGAGGAGCCCCACUCUUUGCCCCUCAUCAUCGGCAGCAGUGUUGGAGGCCUCCUGCUGUUGGUCGUGGUUAUAGCUCUUUUGUUCAAGUGUGGCUUUUUCAAAAGAAAAUACAAACAGCUGAACCUGGAGAGCAUAAGGAGGGUGCAGCUGACAGCUGACAGUCUGCUUGAAGAAGACUAGCACCCGCUUCCUCACAAGCCAG